AUGAGGUGUAAGAAACACCCCGUUGACCAUAGCAGCUCCGUCGGCGUCUGCGCCACCUGCCUCCGGGAACGCCUCUUCGCCCUCAUCGCCGCCCAGGCCAGUGCACAGCCCCCCUCCAACCCUCCUCCCCCGCUCGCCUUCCCCGCUCCAUCCAGAUCGGAGAAGCUCGGUUCGGAUCCCGAUCCUGGGGUUCCGGCUUCUCCCCAUCGCGACUCGUCCCGGACCUCGACUUCCUCCCCCUCGUGGUUCUCGUUCAUCCCCGGUCGAAGGAGAGGCCCAUCGAGGCUUUCAUCCGUGGGGGAAUCCGUCGCCGCGAGCGAGAAGAAGAGCUCAUGGGUGUCAGAUCGCGGAAUGUCGCCGGCGCGGGGAGCUCACGCAGAUGGGGAUUUCGACGACCCGUCUCCGUCGGGUAGCGGCUACUCCUCGGAGUCAUCCCAGGGAUGGAGGAAGACUCCGGCGCCCGGUGCCACUACUGCUAGGCGGUCGCGGCCGGUGUACCCGAGGAACAUGUCGGGGCUGGCCUUCUGCCUGAGCCCGCUGGUGAGGGCGAGCCCGGGCCGGCAAUGGAAGCAGCAGAAGGGAGGAGGAGGUGGUAUGCAACAGGAAAUCGGAUACUCCGGCGAGAUAAGGGCUUCUUCGGCGCGGCCGCACAUCUCGACGGCGGCCUCCUUCUGCGCGAACCGGUCGAGGAAGCUCGCGGAUUUCGGGAGGACGAACCACAACCAUUGA